AUGGCCUCUCGGUCCAGCUUCGACGUCGAGUCGUACAAGCCACACUCGGAAGCUCAAGCUCAAGCUUCGCAUUGGGCAUCCGGCCUCUUCAAAAUCACGGCGGGUCGGCACCACUACCAACUUGCUCCCACAGAAGACGGAGUCGACCCAACGACAUUGCAUCCCAGCCGAACAUCUCGCUUCACCACCCCGCGGAAGAUCGUCUGCCUCCUCUUCCUCCUCGGUGUUGGUCUAUCCGCCUUGUUCGCCGGCUCCGGCGCUCACUUGCACCCUAUUGGACCGCUGGACGACAGUCAGUGCGCAUCCGUCUUGGCAGGAGGGGUAGAUGCCAUCCCGUGUCACAUUACUUUAGCACGACGCAAAUUCGACCACCUUGUCUCAUCGCAAUCCAAGACCUACCAACAGGCGCACGACCGUUACGUGGCGCAAUACCACCGAACCCCGCCGCCCGGAUUCGACGCCUGGUUUGCCUACGCACAGCAGAACAAUGUCACGAUCAUCGACGAUUACGGUCAGCUCGAAGCCGACCUCCUGCCCCUCCGCCGCAUCCCACCUCACAUUCUGCGGCAGCGCGUCACGGCAGCAACGAAGUUGGAGCUCUCGUACAUGUACACUUGGACCUUUGCCAACGGAAAUGUGACCACCACGGCGCCGGAGAAUAUCGGUAUGGCUCGAGAGAUGCGAAAGCUUUUGGAGCCUAUCCUACCCUAUCUGCCGCCUUUCACAGUGCUCCAGAAUUGGGAUGACUCACAGCGCAAUUGUGGGCCCCGGAACGGCAAGGAGGACGUCAACGAUCCCAAUGUGGUCAAGAUCACGACGACGGGAGAUCGACCCGACGCCAAAGCCCAUCUGAUGUACGGCUGCCCACGAUCGACCGCCACCACGUCGUACGUCUCCAGCGACCGUCCCAGCAUCGAUAUGUGCACUCAGGCCGACGACUGGAUGGCCAAGCAUGGCAUUCUGCACAACCGAAACGCAUGUAUCAACGCCACCGUGCCUGUGCUUUCGCUCACCAAGCCGUCGAGCUUCCAGGACAUCACCACCGCCUCGUGGUGCUACGGGAAUGGGAAUUAUCGACUUACUGGUCCCUGGGUGGAUAAGAUCGCUUAUGCGGACAAGAAGCCUCAUCUCUAUUGGCGUGGCAGCAACACGGGCUGGAAUCAAGAUGGCAACGAUUUGGGCUGGCUCAACCACCGACACCGUCUCGUAAUGGCUGCUCGUCAGAUGAACCGCAAGGCCGCAAGCCUGGUCUCGCUCAACGCGUCCGUAACCCCGGACGAUGCGCAGCGUCUAUCGUUGCCCGGCAUGCCUCAAUCCUUCACGCCAGUUCAGCUGGACGCGCUGUCGCGUCUCACAUCGAGCACCUUUGACAUCAACUUUAACCAGGUUCGCCCCUGCUCCGAGAAACCCAACUCGACGACCUUCUGCCGGGAGUGGAUGGAGCUCUUCCCCACGGUAGCCGGGUUGCCCCCCACGGCGGCGUUUGGCAACAAGUUUGUCAUGGACCUCGACGGCAAUUCCAUGUCGUGCCGCUUCUACCGGCUUCUGGACAGCAACAGUCUGGUGUUCAAACAGACUGUCUACGUGGAAUGGCACGACGACCGCCUGAUACCCUGGCUGCAUUACGUGCCCGUGUCUAUGGGCUUGGAGGAGCUGCCGAUGCUCAUCGACUAUUUUGCUAACCACGAGCAGGGCAAGGUUUUGGGGGAGGAGCUGGCGCAAGCGUCGAGACUGUGGGCGGCCCAGGCGCUGCGAAACAUAGAUCUGACCGUGUAUGCGUACAGGCAGAUGCUGGAGCUAGCCCACAUCAUAGGACACGACUGA